AUGGCAACCCCAAUCACUGUUGGUGUCAUAGGUGCAACUGGCAACACUGGCCGGACUGUAGUUGAAGGUUUAUUAUCUUCAACGACCAAAUUCACUGUCACAUCUUUCACACGUGAGGUCUCUGUUAAUAGUCCUGCCAACCAACGACUUAAAAGCAAAGGCGUUCGAAUUGUUGGUUAUGACUUGAACGGGCCCAAGGAAAAGCUGGUCGAUCAAUUGGCGGGCAUUGAUAUUCUCAUCUCUUGUAUAACUUGGGAACAUCUGGAUCUUCAGGUCCCAUGGAUCGAAGCCGCAAAAGAAGCUGGCGUGAAGCGUUUUGUGCCCUCAGAAUGGGUAGGCCCAGCACCAAAAGGUGUCAUCGACAUCAAAGACAAGAAACUCGAAAUUCUCGGCGUGAUUCAGCGGGCGGGUUUGCCAUAUACCAUCAUCGAUGUGGGCUGUUGGUACCAGGUUUUCGUCCCAAAAGUGCCAUCCGGAAAGUCAGAUCAUGGCCACAUGAUCUAUAUAGACCACAGGAUCGUCGAAGAUGGAAAUCAGAAAUUCGCCUUGACAGACAUGGCGGAUAUUGGCAAGUACGUUGCUCAGAUUGUGUCGGAUCCUCGAACAUUGAAUAGGCAUGUGUUUGCCUACACUGAAGUUCUGAGCAUGAAUGAAAUCUGGGAUGUGAUGGCCAGAGCCAGUGGAGAAGACCCCCCAAAAGAUUAUGUGUCCGGUGCAGAGCUCAAUGAGAUCAUCGACGUAUGCCGGAAGAGGCUUCAGGAAAGCGAGAGUGGUAUGCGUGCGAGAGAUAUUAUGGACGUUGCAAAUUUUAAUAUGGGACAAUACCGCAUAUCUUGGUGUAUUCGAGGAGAUAAUACCCCGGAAUAUGCAGACUAUCUUGGGUACCUCGAUUUCUGGAAGAUGUUCCCGGACUUUCCUAAGGGCAGAAGUCUCAUGGAAUUCUACCAAGAAGUUCUCAGGGGGAAUGCAUCAGGUUAA